CAGCUGGGGCAUGAAUGAAGUGUAUGCUAUAUAGGAUGCUCGAAUUAUAUAGGAUGAGAACGAAGAAGCAACCAUAUUUCUCUGACUGUGACAUUCACUCUUUGGGAAGCCAUUCGAUUUUUACAGUGUUUCUUAUGCUAUUUAUUUCUUAUUGACCCAUUGUUUAUUAUAUUCCCACCAUUGUCUUGUCGACAUUAUCUGCAUUAUGUCGGAUACCGCGGAUACCGAAGAUAAUCAGGAUAUGUUACCGAGUUUGGUCCAGCAGAUAGUCCAGCGGAUAACAGCGGGAGAGGUCCCUAUCAAGAAUAUUGAGCGGGAGCUCAUUUGUCCGAUUUGUAAGGAGCUGUUUACGCACCCCCUCAUCUUGCCCUGUCAGCACAGUGUUUGUCACAAGUGUGUGCGAGAGCUGCUGCUGUUGAACCAUGAGGAUUCCUUCGAUGCUGGGUCUGAAUGCUCCCUCCCUGGGAGCCCAGGACCCCGAUCCAGAGUGCCCUCGCCAAGCAUGGAGAGGCUGGAUAGGCUUGCAAGAUCAGGCUCCAUCUCCUCACCAGGAUGGAGACGUGGCUCUGUGACCCCCCGCGUUACCACUUUCCCGUGCCCAGGCUGCCAACACGAUGUGGACCUGGGUGAGCGGGGCAUGAGCAUGCUCUUCCGGAACUUCACCCUGGAGAGCAUCGUGGAGCGCUACCGGCAGGCAGCCCGUGCCGCCGUGGCUAUAAUGUGCAACAUGUGCAAGCCGCCCCAGCAAGAGGCCACCAAGAGCUGCAUGGACUGCAAGGCCAGCUACUGCAACGAGUGCUUCAAGUUCCACCAUCCAUGGGGCACCCCCAAAGCCCAGCACGAGUAUGUGGGGCCCACCAUGAACUUUAGGCCCAAGGUGCUGAUGUGUCCGGAGCACGAGAUGGAGAAGGUCAACAUGUACUGCGAGGUGUGCCGCCGUCCAGUUUGUCACCUGUGCAAGCUGGGAGGCUCCCACGCCAACCACAAAGUCACAUCCAUGAGCAGCGCCUACAAGAUCCUCAAGGAGAAGCUAUCAAAGAGUAUCCAUUACUUAAUCAGCAAAGAGGACCAAGUGAGGACUCAGAUUUCCCACCUGGAGGUGUUGAUCAAUGAAACUGAGGAGAAUGGCCAGGUGGCGCAGUGUGGGGCCUAUGAGCAUUUUGAGCGGCUGUUCCAGACCCUCCAGGAGAGGAAGUCUGAGAUGCUGAACUCCAUCGAGCAGUCGAGGACGCGGCGUCUGGAGCAGCUCAGGGGCCAGGUGGAGGAGUACCAGGGCAUGCUGGAGAAUAGUGGCCUCGUGGGCUACGCCCAGGAGGUCCUCAAGGAGACGGACCAAUCCUGCUUCGUUCAGACGGCCAAGCAGCUGCACACCAGAAUUGCGAAAUCCACCGAGUCUCUGAGAACGUUCCACCCCGCGGCUGACCCCUCCUUUGAUGAGUUUGUGCUGGAAACUUCCAGAGAGGAGACUAUGCUGAAGGAGCUAUGUUUUGGGGGAGUCCCCGAGCCUCCCAUCAUUGAUCUGUCCCGUAGUCACGUCUACAACGAGGGCUUGUUGUGCUGGCAGCUGGCUGAGGAUACCCUGGCCACAGACCACCAGGUCCUGGAGUACAGGAGGCUGGGCGCAGAGCAGGACGGCGACAGCCGCUGGCGCCUCACAGACAGGGUGUACGGCCCUAGCACAGUGGUGUGUGAUCUGGAGGCCGACAGCCUCUACUCGUUCCGAGUCCGCAGCUGCCGCAACUCCCUCUACAGCCCCUACAGCCCAGAGGUCACCUUCCACACACCACCUGCCCCAGCAUUUGGCUUCCUAUUCAACGACAAUUGCGGCUUCAGCUCAGAGCGGCUGGCGUUGAGCAGGCGCCGUGACUCUGUGGAGAGCAUGGCCGGCAUGGCCUUCCUGCUGGCUGCUGAGCGUGUGCAGACAGGCAGCUACAUGGGCCUGGACUACAUCAUCGGUGACACGGGCAUCUCUCAGGGCAGACACUACUGGGCCUUCCGUGUGGAGCCCCACUCCUACCUGGUCAAGGUGGGCGUGGCCUCUGAUUCCAAACUGCUGGAGUGGUUCCACAACCCCCGAGACACUAGUAGCCCCAGGUACGACCACGACAGUGGGCACGACAGUGGCAGCGAGGACACGUGCUAUGAUUUGUCCCAGCCCUUCACUCUGCUCACUGUGGGCAUGGGCAAAAUGUUCCUCCCCAAAGCUUCCAUCUCUGCCAGCAGCGACCACGGCGACCACAGCAACCGGGUGCUGCCUAUGCCACAGCGUAUCGGCGUGUGCCUAGACUACGAUGCGGGCCGGGUCUACUUCUAUGAUGCAGACACCAUGAGGUGCCUUUACGAGCGGCAGGUGGACUGCUCCGGUACCAUGUACCCUGCCUUUGGCCUCAUGGGUAGUGGCAAGGUUCAUCUAGAGGAGUUCAUCACAGAAAAGCGGCUGUCGUAUAUGUGAGAUGCUGGGCCUUCCACACACACGGGUCUCUCCCGCUCAACACUUGCCUUUGCGUUCAUGUUGGUCUCUGCUUUCAGUCAGGUAUGUUUGUAAUGAUUUUGUUUUUGUCUGUAGUAUUUCAGCUGACUAUUAUUAAUCCAGGUCUUUGUUUUUUUUAAAGAACACCUAUUUAUGCAUCACUACUAAGUCCAGUAAAACGUAGCCAAGAGAAACCUGAAGAGCCUUGCAGCUACGUCUAUGCCUCUGUGCCUUUCACAAUAAAUAGAUAAUCUAACAAAUGAUAUGAUUUUGUUUAACCGUGCACAACAGCAAGGCUAGUCAUCACUUACAAGGGUGAGUGUGUGUGUAGGUCACAAGGACCCCUCGGUUGAGAAACAUCCCUACCAAAAAUGUGUAAUACAAAUCAUACCUAAUCAAUGUCCUUAGUCAAGAGUCUGUCAACACCAGUUUCUUACACUGAAUUUGAUUUGGACACAUGCUCAAAUUAAUUUUUAUUUUUUAAAGAUUAGCACACUUAAUGUCACUACCUAACCACUCUGAACACUAUUUCAAUGCAGAACACAUUUAUCUGAAUCGUAACACUAAACAUACACGUUCAGGGUGUAAUUCUAACGAGGUCUGUGUGCUACUCAGACGUAAAUCGUGCUUUGCUGUCAGUGGGAGACUUUUGUCACGUGCGGAUCUCAACUUAAAAUUACACUCACGGAGAUUAGUUGUUGAUCACUAAGUUAUCACGUUAAUGAAUUUACCUUGCACUGCUGCCUCGGAUGCAGUUGUUCAAUAGCAGUGAAUGUUUUCUGUUUAGCACUGGGAAUUCUGUUUAGCACUGGGAAUUCUGUUUAGCACUGGGAAUUCUGUUUAGCACUGGGAAUUCUGUUUAGCACUGGGAAUUCUGUUUAGCACUGGGAAUUCUGUUUAGCACUGGGAAUGUGAAACUUCAAACACUACAGGUUCUCACUACACAAACUGUCCCACGGAACUCUACUACGAUGCGACUUCUUCCUGACACAUGUCAUGUUAGUGUACAGAACUUAGACAUUUGUUAUGCACGUUGACGAUUGGCUCUUGAGUAUCAGCUAAGGUUUUAGGGCAUACCAUGGGUCUGUUCAGUCGUGUGCAGCGUUUCAGAACCUUCCAAUUUAGAAAUGUAUUGUGUAAUCUGAUCAGAUGCUUUGCCCUCUAGAAAAGGGAGUAAUUUUGUCUCUAUACAUUUUCUAUUUCUGAAUGGUUACCCCUGCUGAACAGUGCCCCGGUCCCCUCUGGCUUCCUUACAUGGGUUUUUGGACAAUAUUUGUACAUGUUUUUUUUUCUUGAGGGUAAGGAUAAUCUGUUUUUCUCAGGUUUGGCCUAUCAGCCCUAGAAAACUAUACCUUUCUCCUCAACAGCAUUGUACUUUUCUUUGCGGCUUCCAUAAAUACGUUAGUAAUUUACUGUACCCUAAUCUCAGCCUUUUAAGAUUGUUCAUAUAUCCAAUAGUAAACUGAAAUUAACUAUUUUAAGUGUUUACAUCAAUGUACAUAUCUAGUGGCAUUAUUUUUUGGGGGGUAAAAUAAGUCAUAGAUCUGCAAUUAGUUUGUAUGUGCUGUGAAGUUUCUCAGCUUAAUCAAACUUGAGCAAUUUGGGAAAUUGGUGGAAAAUUGUAGUUGGAACUAGAUCAUGUCUGACUGAAUUUGUCAAGGGAGCAUUUUAAAUCUGGACGCUUCCUUUUCUGUGAUGUUUUAGGUCCGUUUGAGUGUUGCGUAUCCUAGAAUUUGCUGCGUUAAUUGUUUUGCUUAUCUGAAUCAUGUACAUUUAUUUUGAGGAACAACAAUCUGUAGUCUUAAUUUUAAAUCCUAGCUGCUUCAGAAUUGGUGCGCAUAAUUCUCUACCAUUCCUUUUAGGACACAACACUUCUACCUGUUCCUUUUUUAAAUGACUGAAACACCUUUUAAAAAGUCUAUGCACUUAAUUAACAGGUUCGGGAUUGUGUUUAUCACAGAAUGUAUUAUUUACAGAACAAAUUGAAUGUCUCUUAGGUGUGUUUUUUGUUAAUUUGCUUAUCUUGGGUCAAGUCACUAGUGGCCACAGGAGUUGUCUUUCACAGUAGAUAUUUGCUAUAGUGCUCGUCUUAUUCUAGCUACUGUACAUAUCCACUGCUGAUUGUAGAAAAAGGGAAUCUUAUGGUUUUCAGUAGUAAGUUAAACCAAAUGUUCUGCAGACAGACACUCAGUCUAAUGGUUCAAGCUAGCACUUUAAACUGUAGCAUGUAUGCCUCGGCUGUGCAGGUCUGUGUGAGUUGUUGUGCAAUAUUACGUACACUGCAGGGAAUAGACCUGUUGUAUUCUCCUAUUGUAAGUAAUGGGAUAUGUGAUGUUCGCUUUCUGUGAGUGAUGCUUUGAUGUACAUUAAGCGUUCUGUCAUCAUUCUUAACGUAGUAUUUUAUUUGCUGUUUGGGAAUUUGUAUGAAAUAAACAAGUGUUUUAAACCAA